UAUGUCACACAAUUUGUUUAGACCAAAUCCUGCAUAAAGAUACAAGAAGAUAUACACAUAUUGAUAAAGAUAACCUAUAGAGCUAGUAAUUAGUCAAAUUUGUGCUUUAUCGUAAGGAGUUAUAUAGUUUAAGGAUGAUGAAAGUUAUUUGUUGUUAUUAUAUAAGUGUAGUUACACAACAAGGAACAAUUUGAGAUCGCCGAGAAGGAAAACUGACAUGGGUGUUCAUGAAAUAGUGCUGCUAAUCAUGGUUCUCUUCUCCUUUUGCUCCUCUGCAUUAUUUGCGCAAGUUAACAAGAACUCAACUCCAGAUGAAAACAUGGGAAAUAGUGGAAUAAGUGAAAACAAUUGUGCAGUUGGUAAUGACUGUGGAAUGGUAAACCAAAACAAGUAUACAAGUGAUGUCACAAGCGGUAGAGGUGGUGGACGGCCAGUUGGAAGUGGUGGCAAUGGGAAUGGCGACCAGACUAACUCUUCCCCGCAAGGAGGUGGCAAUGGGGUGGUUCCUGUAUAUGCCGCUGGUGCAGCAGGUCAACGCAGAAACCACAAAGGUGCUGCUGCAACUGAUACUCUAUACCGGAAAGGAAGGCUUGCAGUGCUCAUAGCUACAGUAACAGCAUCCUUUUUACUAUCAUAAAAUAUGCAUCGUUAGUAGUAAAGUUUCUGUGUCGACUUUGGCCCAACUAAUGGUAUGCAUGGAUCUCAGCUAAUCUAUUGAGCUAUUAGUGUACCAUGUCAUAGACUACAAGAAAAAGUAGAAUAGUUUGUAUAGUUGUCAAAACAGAUCGUAAUGUGUACAUUAUGAUAUAUGAAAUGAUCUAUACCAGAUAUCUACUUGCUGUAAA